GUCUAAUUUACCUCGGUCUAAUCCUAUCAAAUUUUUAUUUUGGGAUAGUUGUUCUCUAAAACAUCCUGGGAUUAGAUAACUUACCCUUUGCCUAUUCUUGUAGCUGCCAUCCUACAUUCUGCACUAACAAUACUUAAAGGCUGUACACCCGCAUAGCAUUCAUUCACAGAAGCUUCCGAAAGCUCAAUCGCUAACACAUUCUUGUACUCCUCAAACAUAAUCAAAACCUCUCGAGACAUUGUCAACCCUUCCCCCUCGGUCUCUUCUGUUUUGAAACCUGACUCCGAGAAGAUGGACUCUUGUCACCAUGCACUACGAGUCUCCUCUCAGCGAAACAAGCUCUUGGCUACAUUUUAUACAAAUGACCAGAUCGAUCUUGACGGAUCAUCUUUGGAUAUUCCCAAGCUUAUAGCAACUGCCCGUUUCAGAAAAUCGGCUUCUAUUGAUAGGCUGCCCAAAGAUGCAGCCGACAAAAUUGAGCAGAGCAUUCAGUUUCUCAAAAAGGAACUUGGAAAAGGCCGCUCUGUGUAUGGGGUGACCACUGGCUUUGGAGGUAGCGCCGAUACCAACACAACCGCCAUAAAUACACUGCAAGUAGCUCUCCUACAGAUGCAGACAAGUGCUGUUCUUCCCACUCCUUCCCAAAGUCGAAUUGCCUCUACCAAUGGCCAUAUUCAUGCAGCCCUUUCAAUGCCCGAGGAUUGGGUUCGAGGUGCAAUGCUUGUGCGCUGUAACUCACUCCUCAGAGGACAUAGCGCGGUUCGCCUCGAUGUAAUCAAGACCCUUCUGAUACUUCUAGAAAAUGACGUUAUUCCCCUGAUUCCUCUUCGUGGAAGUAUAUCGGCGUCAGGUGAUCUAUGUCCACUUUCCUAUCUUGCAGGAACUUUGGAAGGGAAUCCAGAUGUGUACGUCUGGAUAGGACCAAGUACGGGCAGAGAGAUUGUAUCAUCUGACGUCGCACUUCGUCGACUCAACAUUAACCCAAUUCAAUUCGGACCUAAGGAGAUACUGGGGAUUCUCAAUGGAACGGCGGUUUCUGCAGCUGUAGCGUGUCUUGCUCAGCAUCAAGCAGACAACCUGAUCUUAUUGGCUCAAGUACUUACAUCAAUGGGCGUUGAAGCCCUUCAAGGUCGUCUCGAAAGUUUUGAUCCCUUCAUCGCCGAAGUGCGUCCUCACCCUGGUCAGAUAGAGGUAGCAACGAACAUUUCAACCUUUCUGAGAGGCUCUCUCCUAGCAAGAGGUCGAGCGGGGACAGUUCAUGAUGGUGGCCUACGGCAGGAUCGCUAUUCUCUCCGUACUGCUCCCCAAUGGCUUGGCCCAUACGUCGAAGAUCUUAUUUUAGCCCGUAAGCAACUUGAGAUUGAGCUCAACUCCACAACUGACAACCCUCUCCUCGAUGCGUCAGCCGAGAAAACACAUCACGGUGGAAACUUUCAGGCUGUAUCCAUAACCUCUUCUACCGAGAAGACACGCCUUGCUCUUCAGAUGAUCGGCAAAUUGAUCUUUGCACAAAGCUCGGAAUUGCUCAACGUACAUAUGAACAAUGGACUUCCUCCAAACCUAGCUGCUGAUGAGCCGAGUCUGAGUUUUACGUUCAAGGGUGUUGAUAUAAAUAUGGCGGCUUAUAUGUCAGAGCUUGCUUUCCUAGCCAAUCCAGUCAGUAGCCAUGUACAAAACGCGGAGAUGGCAAAUCAGGCAUUGAAUUCUUUAGCCUUGAUCUCGGCUCGAUAUACACAUAUGGCUCUAGAUGUGCUAUCGUUGAUGAGCUCGGCUUACCUCUACUCUCUUUGCCAAGCUCUAGAUCUUCGAGUCAUGAAUGCGAGAUUUCUUCAGCAGGCGAAGCCAGCUAUCGAAUAUCUAGUUCGCAAUGUAUUCGCUGAAUUACAGACGGACAUGGUGAAGACCCUUGUGUACACAACAUGGACGGCGAUCGAACAAGCCAUUGCUUCUACUGCCAUUAAAGACUCCUCUACCCGUUUCGUUGACGUUGCUCAGUCCACUCACACACCUUUGAUCUCGCAACUACCCCCAACUCCUUCAGCCCUCUUGCUCAUAACGACCUUCACCACCCGUGCUGCCAAGCUUCUCCAGUCUCUUUUCAUCAACAACCGCGCGGCCUAUAUGCUUGCCCCGGACGCUACGCCGUUCCUAGGGCUUACCUCAAAACGCAUGUACAAUUUCGUACGUAAGGAGCUUGGCGUCCCAUUCCAUCGCGGACUAGUGGAUCACCCAACCAACUCUACCGAUGAGGAGGAAAGAAAAAAGUUGAAGACGACGGGCGGACAAAUAAGUAUUAUUCAUGCCGCAUUGAUGGAGGAGAGGUUGAUGGAGCAGGUGGUCGGUUGUGUGAGUGAUGCUUUGAAUGGGGGAGAGGAUAGAGUCGCUGCGAUGCUUUAACUUUUAUUCAAGUAAUAAAGAUAGAAGUGGGUAAAGAAAUAGAACCGGGGGUGGUAGAAAUGAACAAUACUAAGAAGC